UAAGGAAUAGGUCCUCCCAGAGCUUUGCCAUAUCGGGGGACUGAUUGGAGAGAGAGUAUGUUGGCUGGGUCUGGGUUGGCAAGAAUGAAGUGUGGGGCAGUAGUGAGAAUGGGUCAGAUCUGACUAAGCAUGCCGUGAGGGAUUAUCCUUUUCGUUUUUUUCCCCUUUACUAUAACACAGUUUUCUUAAUAAAGGCUUGGUUUUUUUUUCAGAUAUAAAGAUUUGGAUGAGUUCUAUUCAAAACACAUUAUGUCAAAAGCCGAUUGGGAACAGAAACAUUUCGGCAAUAAGGCUGCGGUGGAUAUUAAUGGCAUUACCAUUGCAGAACAUGAUUUUGUAAAAAGCAUGAAACUGAAUGGAUGGAUAAGUAACUUCAUUGUGGACGUGCAAUGCUCCAUAUGGAGGGAGGAGGAAGAAUGGAAAGACAAAAUAAUCCUUAGUCAAUCUGCUGUGGUAAGUAUCAAUUUAAGCACAUGUAAUGUCUAUACAUGUUUUAUAUUGUCAACGUUCACCAUAUCUUCUAUUGUGUCCAGAAUGAACUGUUGGGUUUAACCCUAAUCAGAGGCUAUGUGGAAAAGGAGUUGUCUAACCUAGCCAAAAAGAAGCAGAUAUUUGUCCCUAUCCUCAUUCGAGCUUUGGAUGGUUCUGGUUUACAUUGGUACUUGCUCGUGGUGGACAUUGAGAAUGGAAUAAGGUAUAUACUGGAUUCCCUUCCAUCACGGGGCACUAGAAGUGCGACGGAAACUGUGCUAUCGGCGUUGGAAAAAUAUUUUGCGAAGGGAGGACAUAUUGAUUUUUCUUCAUUCAGCACUAAAACACCAAACCUUAAGAGCCAAACGAAUGGAUCCGAUUGUGGAUUCUAUAUGCUGCUGUAUAUGGAACGAUUUGGUAGAAUGAAAAUAGAUGACAUCAAUGAGAAUGAUGUAUUAAUGUAUCGCAAAAAACUUGUGAAGGACAUAUAUGAGAAUCCUAACAACAAUCCUAAGGAUGUAAGUGACGAGGUCAUAGCUCAAGAUGAAUAUCACAUUUUGGACGACACCAUAUGUUUGUCACCACCCCCUUCAGAUUUGCGAAAUUCCCCUCCACGCCCAAAUCUGACAGUAUCCCCCAUGAGUCAUGAAGAUGGGCGUAAUGAUGGCCCUCUGCCACCAUCCUCACCAGGGACAAGCGAUGGUAACAAGAAUCUGGAAGAUGCCCAACCCCAAGAGGAGGCUGACAGAUCCAGUGUGGGAAUAGAUCUGGGUUUGUGUGUCUACUACCUUUGAUGUCACUGAGCUCACCACAAAAAUCCUUAACUCCCUAAAUGCAACUGAAAGCCAAGGGACCAAUAUUAGAGAAUCCAGUUUAGAUCAGCUUCAUAAAUCCAUUCAAGACAAGUUGAAAUCCAAAAGGUUUCUAAUCGUCUUUGAUGAUAUAUGGGAACACGACUUUAGUAAGGCUGCAUCCACAAAAAGAUUUAGCAAGACUGAGUGGGAAAAGUUGUUAGCUCCAUUUGGACCGGGAGAGACCAAUGGCAACAUGGUUCUGGUCACAACUCGGUUCCCAAAGGUAGCAGAAACAGUCAAGAAAGGAGCCAAUCAAGUUGAUCUACAUGGGCUGGAGCCUGAUGAGUUUUGGGACUUCUUUCAACUGUGUGCAUUUAGUGAAACCCAAGAUGACAAUGAUAAAGAAAAAUUAUUUGACAUUGGAAAACAAAUAGCAAAGAAGUUGAAGUGCUCCCCACUGGCUGCCAAAACAGUUGGACCACUAUUGCGUAAGAAACCCACCAGGAAACAUUGGAUGGAAAUUCUUGAAAAGGAAGAAUGGCUAAAACAAAAGGAUGGCGAUGAUAGUAUUAUCACUGCCUUGAAAAUUAGCUAUGACUACCUCCCCUUUUAUUUGAAAAAAUGUUUUUCAUAUCUUGCCCUUUUCCCUGAGGAUUAUGAGUUUGAUAGUUUAGAGAUUAGUUGUUAUUGGGACUCAAUAGGUAUCAUCAAUUCCAGUGGUAAGAAUGAUACAAUUGAGGGCAUUGGAUCACAGUAUUUGAAUGAACUAUACGAUAAUGGUUUUCUAAUGAAAGGGGAUGAUAAUCACUACGUAAUGCAUGACUUACUGCAUGAACUUUCGCAGAUUGUUUCAUCAAGAGAAUGCGCAAAUAUAAAUUACUCUAGUUUUAGAGCUGAUGACAUCCUUCCAUCUAUUCGCCAUCUGUCCAUUACCAUACAAGAUAAAUAUACUGAGAGUUUUAAAGAGGAAAUGGAAAAAAUAAAGAAAAGGGUUGACAUUAGAAAUUUGCGUAGUGUGAUGAUCUUUGGAAGUUACAGAAGUAGAAGAAUUGCUAAUGUGGUAAGAGACACGUUAAAUGAAAUAAGGGCACUUCGUGUUCUCUUCAUAUUUAUGAAUUCCCCACAUUCCUUGCCUGAUAACUUUUCGAAACUUGUCCACCUCCGCUACCUAAAAAUUGGAUCACCGUGGGGGUUCAAAGUGUGUAUUCCUAGCACAGUGUCCAAGCUUUAUCACUUGAAAUUCUUGGAUCUCAAAUCCUGGGGUGGUAGUAACAAUAAUUUGCCUAACGACUUUAACCGCCUUAUAAACCUACGCCAUUUUCUUGCUAAAAAAGAAUUCCAUUCCAAUGUUCCUGAGGUUGGGAAAAUGAAGUGUUUACAAGAGCUCAAAGAAUUCCAUGUCAAGAAAGACAAGAUUGGAUUUGAACUGGCACAACUGGGACAGUUGGAACAGCUUAGAGGGGAGCUCUGUAUAUUUGGCCUUAAAAAUGCAACUAGGGAAGAAGCUAUUGAAGCUAAAUUGAAGCAUAAAAGUAACCUAAGCAAGUUGCGAUUAGAUCGUGGUGGUAAUAGAGAGAAGAAUACAUCCUCCUCCUCCUCCAGGACACAAGUUGUUAGCAAUGAAAAUCAGGACGAUGAUAUUAUUCUUGAUAGCCUUCAACCGCACUCUAAUCUUACAGAACUAAGCAUCGUAAAUCUUGGUGGUGGCAUGGCUCCAAGUUGGUUGGGCAGCAACAUCAUCCACUUGGAUACCCUCCACCUAGAUGGUGUACCUUGGGCCACUCUUGCACCGUUUGGGAAAAUACAAUAUCUUAGGGAGCUCAAGCUAAGAAAUAUCGUUGGGAUGUACCACACACACUAGUUUUAGACACCUGAAGAAGAUUGUGUUUGAGGCUAUGCCAGACUUUGUAAAGUGGGUUGGGGGAGACGAUAAUUCCCAUUCUUUCUUCUCAGGACUUGAAAGGCUCGACUGCAUUUCUUGUCCCAAGCUUAAUGAGUUGCCAUUAUCGAGUUGCUCUAGCUCAUCUUGUACCAUGUGGUUUCCUAAGCUGCGCCGUUUGAACAUUACCCGGUGCUUGGAGCUGUCUGUCCCUCUUGUGCCUCACACCUCCACACUGACAUAUGUUCGUGUAAAUGAUUCCGUUCGUGGUUUUAAUACUAGCAAAAAGUUGACACUCGACGGCUACAAUGGUGCUUUGGCCUUCCAAAAUCUGGGUAAUCUUGAGGAGAUCUACAUUGGAGAUGUACAUAACAUGUCAUUAAUAGAUUUCCAGCAGCUACGCUCCCUACGGAGGCUGACGGUUACGCUUUGCAGGGAUACGUUCUUGAGAGGACUGGAUGAGCAUGUUGUAGUCGUAUUCAAUUCAGUUAGAGUCCUCAAUCUCUCUGGAUUUUUACUUACAAGAAAGAUGCUGUCAAAUUUGUUCAGAUGCUUCCCAGCUCUCUAUGUGCUGUCUAUGUCACCUUCCAAAGAGAGCCAUGAGGAGGUAAAACUGCAGAUCCCAUCCUCCUGCUCACUCAAGACGAUCCGGCUUUUUAAGUGCAAGAACCUGAUUCUGCCGCCUCUUGAUGAUGGACAAGGACUUGUCAAUCUCACGUCGCUCCGAAAUUUACAUAUAGAUGAUUGUGGCAAAAUAUUCUCUCAGUGGUACAUGGGAAAACCAGCUCAAACAACAAGUAACCCUUUCCCUUCUUCCCUCCUCGAACUUAGCAUUUGCCGAGAGUCAAGAAUACAUUCAAUGGCUUUGCUCUCAAACCUCACAGCUCUCACCAGUCUACAACUAAUAGAUUGCUGCAAUGUAACAAUGGAUGGAUUUAAUCCUCUUAUCACAUCAAAUCUGAACAAGCUGUGCAUCUCUUCUUGUGGCUCUGCUCCCGCGGACCUACUCGCCGAGAUGGCAAGGACCAAAACAACAAUGCCUCAAGUUGCCUUCCAAUUGAAAGAUCUUGUGGUGGACAGCAUAUCGGCAGUGCUUACUGCUCCCAUAUGCAGCUUCCUCGCCCCUACUCUUCACGAAUUAGGCAUCAAAGACGAUGUUGACAGGGUCUCAAGCUUCAGCGACGAACAAGAGGGGGCACUUGAGCUACUUGUCUCCCUCAAAAAACUAUCAUUUGAUGGUUUAUGGGUUCUGCAGUCCCUCCCUGAAGGGUUACAUAAGUUUCCUUCUCUCACUGAGCUAAGUAUCAGCCAUUGUCCUCAAAUCCAAUCGCUUCCAAAGAAUGGCCUCCCAACUUCCCUAGAAACGUUUUCAGUAUUUAUCUGCAGCAGCGCACUCGAAGAGGAAAGCAAAAGAUUCACAGAAGAGAAAGAAAGAUACUACUCAGAAUCAGACGACUAGAUACAUACAUUCUCCACCAUGGUAAAUCCUGUUUGUUAAUCUGCAUUACCAGAUGAGUACUAUUCUGUAACUGUAAUUUGACGGCUUAUUAACUCUUUCCACCCUGUCCCCUUGGUUAUUAGGGCUCUAUACGGCAUCAGCAUUGCUUUUGUCCACCACAAUGUGUGUGUCGGGUGAGAAUCAGAUGUCAUCCAUUGAUCCAUGCGCACAACUCUGAACGUUAGUAAACAAAAUCUAGUUCUUUUUUUUUUCUGAAUCCACAUUCUUAUUUUUCUUAAUACAAUUUGGAAAUAUUUUCUUCUGUCCUCAUAAUAUGUUGAGCUUCGUUUCCGUUGAAAACAGGGCAAAACAGUUUGUACGUAUGUUGCAUGGUAUAUAUAUCGAAAACCAACGCAUAACCAAACUCUCCAUUCUGGAAAUUGUGCUUCAUGAUGCACAUUAGUAUGAUAUAAGCACAUCAUCAUUUAUCAGGAGCAUCUGGAGGUCUGAUACCUACAGGCGUAUGCCUACUGCAAAUUAUGGUUAGUUGUGAGAAGAGUCUCUGCUUGCUGUUUAUAUACUUUCUCCGUUUCAUAUCAUAAGACAGAGAUAGAAAUUUAUUCAUCCAUCUUUUUUUUUUUGCGGGGAGUUUAUUCAUCCAUCAGUUUGUUCAUGUGAAGGUUGUAAUGACCCCGUUCCACAAUUUGAGUUAUUGCCGAUGCUGGCUAGUUGAAAUCUUCAUGUCCCUCGGGCUCGCUGGGUUCACUGAUGCCGUCUACUCCGUCGUGCUGCAGGCAAGCCUCCCAAUAUUACAUUGCUACCUCUUCCCUAUCCUGCAUCCAUUUCCUGCGCUGUUCAUGUUUUUUUCUGGAGUCAAAUUUAUACUCAUGUAAUUUGUCAAACUGGAUAACAGAUGAUUUCUUGCCUACAACUCCGGCGCCUCUGCAACACAUCAUCAGAUCAAAUUUCUGGUAAACGGUUAAGCAUUCUCUGUUAUGUAUAACUGCGUUGAUUCUUACUAGUUUCAGCAGCUGAUUUUGAAAGACCAAGAACGGCUAUAGGGGGGGUGAAUAUAGCAAUUCAAAUCUUGCCCCCGAAAAUACUCAUCAAGCUGGAUUUCUCAAAAUCCUUACUAGAACCACGGCUAUUAGAGAAGCCGGAUCUAGAAAAGAAGAGAGAAGGAAUUCCCGAAACUAGAAGAGGAAGAGAAAAGGA